AUGGCCACCAUCACCUGCACCCGAUUCACAGAAGAGUACCAGCUCUUUGAAGAACUAGGAAAGGGAGCUUUCUCCGUGGUGCGCAGGUGUGUGAAGGUGCUGGCUGGCCAGGAGUAUGCUGCCAAGAUUAUCAACACCAAGAAGCUCUCAGCCAGAGAUCACCAGAAGCUGGAGCGUGAGGCCCGCAUCUGCCGCUUGCUGAAGCACCCCAAUAUCGUCCGGCUCCAUGACAGCAUCUCCGAAGAGGGACACCACUACCUGAUCUUCGAUCUGGUCACUGGUGGGGAGCUGUUUGAGGACAUCGUGGCCCGGGAGUAUUACAGCGAGGCCGAUGCCAGUCACUGUAUCCAGCAGAUCCUGGAGGCUGUGCUGCACUGCCAUCAGAUGGGGGUGGUACACCGAGACCUGAAGCCUGAGAAUCUGUUGCUGGCCUCGAAGCUCAAGGGUGCUGCUGUGAAGCUGGCAGACUUUGGCCUGGCCAUAGAGGUUGAGGGGGAGCAGCAGGCAUGGUUUGGGUUCGCAGGGACACCUGGAUACCUCUCCCCAGAAGUGCUGCGGAAGGACCCGUACGGGAAGCCUGUGGACCUGUGGGCCUGUGGGGUCAUCCUGUACAUCUUGCUGGUUGGGUACCCCCCGUUCUGGGACGAGGACCAGCACCGCCUGUACCAGCAGAUCAAAGCUGGUGCCUAUGAUUUCCCAUCGCCGGAAUGGGACACCGUCACCCCCGAAGCCAAGGAUCUCAUCAAUAAGAUGCUGACCAUCAACCCAUCCAAGCGCAUCACGGCCGCCGAGGCUCUCAAGCACCCCUGGAUCUCGCACCGCUCCACUGUGGCCUCCUGCAUGCACAGACAGGAGACCGUGGACUGCCUGAAGAAGUUCAAUGCCCGGAGGAAACUGAAGGGAGCCAUCCUCACCACUAUGCUGGCCACCAGGAACUUCUCCGGAGGGAAGAGCGGAGGGAACAAGAAGAACGAUGGUGUGAAGAAAAGAAAGUCCAGUUCCAGCGUUCAGUUAAUGGAGUCUUCCGAGAGCACCAACACCACCAUCGAGGAUGAAGACACCAAAGUGCGCAAACAGGAAAUUAUCAAAGUGACAGAGCAGCUGAUUGAAGCCAUAAGCAAUGGAGAUUUUGAGUCCUACACGAAGAUGUGUGACCCUGGAAUGACAGCCUUCGAACCUGAGGCCCUGGGGAACCUGGUCGAGGGCCUGGACUUUCAUCGAUUCUAUUUUGAAAACCUGUGGUCCCGGAACAGCAAGCCCGUGCACACCACCAUCCUGAACCCCCACAUCCACCUGAUGGGUGACGAGUCAGCGUGCAUCGCCUACAUCCGCAUCACGCAGUACCUGGAUGCCGGUGGCAUCCCCCGCACGGCCCAGUCCGAGGAGACCCGUGUCUGGCACCGUAGAGAUGGCAAAUGGCAGAUUGUCCACUUCCACAGAUCCGGGGCACCCUCCGUCCUGCCCCAGUAA